CAACGAACCGAUCUCUGCAAGAUAGCACUCGCCGCAAUGACGGUCCCACAACACGAAUUUGAGCAAGAAGAGCAACCACCCGAGGUGCCGAGGCAGCCCCUAAACGUAAAGGAGCAGCUCGAAGCCACGGCCUCGCGGUUCUGGUCCUCGGUGACAAAGACCGGCAGGUCCCAGGAGAGCGACGAAUCCAUGAGGGUUCCCGGUGUGCCCAUUGGGUUGUUUUCCCAGAGAAGCUGCGGAACCUACGACGACGAAGAAGACGACAUACUGCGAUCGCGGCCGUCCACGGCGCAGCACUCGCUGCAGUUUGUGGUAAAUGCCAUGUUUUCCUCCUGCACCACGGGGGGCCCGUUCACGGACGACGAUGGCAGCAGCGACGAAGCCCUGAAGAAGACCACCCGUUCCCAGUCGGGCACCCUGCCAACAGCGGGGACGACCGUCACCCCCGAUAGCAGCUUCGAUCCGGAAAGGGUCUCACAGUCCCCGCAGCGGAAGGAGCGAAGGCCGCUGCCGAGGCCGGUGGCCACCGCGCGGUCGGCCCUCCAGGAAACCUCCAAGAACCUCUUCAAGAACAACCACGAGAUUGCGGAGGAAGCCAUCAAGCACCUGCGCCGGCAGCAGCAGCGGGAACUCUCUAAGCAGAACAACGAGUCUACCGUCUUUGCCUCGACGGUGGCGGUGGACCUGGAGCGAGACGACUCGUCCCCCCCGAAGAACCACCCCUCCGCGAUCACCCCGGAACCCAAGCCGGCCCUGCCGCAGCAGCCCGAUCCCCAGUSUAAGUCCUUUCUCCCGCGAUCGGUCUCCCCGAAGAGCCAAAAGGGGGCCGUCGCAUCGCCCCCGGGAAAGGUGACCCCCACCCGCAGCCGCAAGGGGCACUCGUUCUUUCCGGCCUCGCGGCCGAGGGAUCCCCCGGGCCGAACGAGGCAGGAACAGCGGGCCCGGGAAAAGAAGGAACGCAUCAAGGGCGUCCCAAAGGAGGUCGAGAAGGCUUCCAGCCCGCCCCGCCUCUUUCGGAAGCGAACGAAGCAGAAACGCGUCCUGGAUGGCGUGCCGGGAACGAAGGGGACCGCGUGGGACGGGACGGAAAGCGAGGACUCGCGUUCGAGCGUGUCGUGGGACAUUAAUAACGACGGGAUCAGCGAGAUCACCCAGACCACGGUCGAUCGCAUGGUCUUUGCCAUUUCGCAGCAGCUCCUCGUCUUUCCGGAAGAGGCCGACAACCUCAACCGGAUCCAUUCCGACCUGACGGAUCCCGCCCCGAACCGGCAGCACACCUUUGAGAGCGACUACGAAACGUCGGUGGAGGGUUCCGUGGCACAAGACUACUUCCCCAUGGUGGGAGGAGUCCUGGACGGAUUCAAGGACGACUUUGGAAGAAUGGUGACGCCUCCCCGGGUUGGGGAUGCCUCCGAAAAGGGUAUGUCCCCUUCCUUGUUAGAAUUUACCCGCACCGCCGGGUCGGUGGGGACGCGGUCCUUUUUCACGAAAACCACCCAUUCGUCCCAGACCACCAACUUUGCGAGCGCCUGGAGGCGGGACGAGCAGCAGUUCUGGGACAAGGAGGUUGCCAAGGAGCAGGGGAAGCGAGAGCCCCCCACGAAGGUCUCGAAGCCCGGUCGCACCGGUUCCGGCUCGAGCCGGAAGUCCUGGACCAAGUUCAAGGGCCGGCGCAGCGGGGCCACCACGGCGACGACGAGCAUCACCACGGCCACGACGCCCUCCCCGCGGCACGCCCGCAAGCUCCAGCAGUUGCCGCACCAGGGCCACGACCGGUUGAUGGACGACCUGGUGCUGCGGGAGGAGCUAGAACACGCGGAAAUAUAACGGCACCACGCCAAACCGGAACAAGGGUCGCAGCAGCGUGGCUGCGACGCAGGGGUUCCGCGGUUUUUUCUCGAUCGUGCGAGAAAAUGUUUGUACAUCUAUGGGAAUCCGUUUGCUCUUCGCAAGCACGGGGGGCGCAUCGCAUAUUUCCCCCCGAGCGAGCGCAAUCGAACGGCCCGAACGAUUGCUAGAUAUUAUUACAUUAUACACCUACCUAUAUACAGUCACCGAACGAGUCUAUCAAACGUGAGAACCGGGGACUGAACUAAACUAAAGUUAACAUU